UGACGUUACUUUGCCGGCAUGACGUAGUUUUCAAGGGACACAUGUUCUGAAAACAAGCGACAAUGGGUCAAAACCAAAGUGGUGGCCAUGGUCCUGGAGGGGGGAAGAAGGAUGACAAAGAUAAAAAGAAGAAAUAUGAGCCACCAAUUCCCACUAGAGUUGGAAAGAGGAAGAAAAAAUCAAAGGGACCAGAUGCUGCCAGCAAAUUACCAUUAGUAACCCCUCAUACACAGUGCCGACUGAAGCUCCUUAAACAAGAGAGGAUCAAAGACUACCUGCUGAUGGAGGAGGAGUUCAUCAGGAACCAAGAGCAGAUGAAGCCACUGGAGGAGAAACAGGAGGAAGAGAGGUCAAAGGUUGAUGACCUGAGGGGGACACCCAUGUCAGUGGGAACGUUGGAGGAAAUCAUUGAUGACAACCAUGCCAUCGUGUCCACAUCUGUGGGCUCGGAGCACUAUGUCAGCAUUCUGUCCUUCGUAGAUAAAGACCUUCUAGAACCAGGAUGCUCUGUACUCCUCAAUCAUAAGGUGCAUGCAGUCAUUGGGGUCCUGAUGGAUGACACAGACCCCCUGGUGACUGUUAUGAAAGUGGAGAAGGCACCACAGGAAACCUAUGCAGAUAUUGGAGGUCUGGACAGUCAGAUCCAAGAGAUCAAGGAAUCUGUUGAGCUCCCCCUGACACACCCAGAGUAUUAUGAAGAGAUGGGAAUUAAGCCACCCAAAGGAGUCAUCUUGUACGGAGCACCUGGGACAGGUAAGACGCUUCUAGCUAAAGCUGUGGCCAACCAGACGUCUGCCACAUUCCUACGUGUUGUUGGGUCAGAGCUCAUCCAGAAGUAUCUUGGCGAUGGGCCGAAGCUGGUGCGUGAGCUUUUUAGAGUGGCGGAGGAACAUGCUCCCUCCAUCGUCUUCAUUGAUGAGAUUGACGCUAUUGGAACAAAGAGAUACGACUCAAACUCGGGGGGUGAGAGGGAGAUCCAGAGGACCAUGCUGGAGCUCCUUAACCAGUUGGAUGGUUUUGACUCCCGGGGCGACGUUAAGGUCAUCAUGGCCACCAACAGGAUUGAGACUCUGGACCCUGCUCUGAUUCGGCCAGGUCGAAUCGACCGUAAAAUUGAGUUCCCGCUUCCGGAUGAGAAAACUAAGCGCAGAAUUUUCCAGAUCCACACCAGCCGCAUGACCGUGGCUGACGACGUGACCUUAGAUGACCUCAUUCUCGCCAAGGAUGACCUUUCAGGAGCAGACAUAAAGGCCAUUUGCACAGAGGCAGGGCUUAUGGCGCUGAGGGAGAGGAGGAUGAAGGUGACGAACGAGGACUUCAAGAAGUCAAAAGAGAACGUGCUCUACAAGAAGCAGGAGGGCACGCCGGAGGGCCUCUACCUCUGAGUUCACUAUUCGUAUACUAUAUAUAUAUUUUUUGUAUUUGUUAGCGUUAGCACUGAGCCUCCCGUUAGCUUUCCCAGCUGCCAUUCAUUUCUCCAAUGCAAAUAAAAGACAUCAAUUUCA